AUGGUCUUCCAUCCACCGGCAUGGGUCCCUCAAUUACCUGAGAUUCCGGACUCAAUAACCGUGGGCGAAUUUUUGAGCAACGAGCGCCAUGGCCGAUACAACCUGGACCUAUCUCGCAGUCCGUACACAUGCGGGCUCACGGGCAAGACUUACACGGCUCGAGAUGUCGUAGAUCGCACCGAAUGUAUUGCUAGAUCGUUGGCUAGGCGCCUACGCUUCGACCCUCAUGACGGCACUGAGUGGGAUCGUGUCGUCUGUCUCUUCAGCCUAAACACAAUUGACUAUAUCCCCCUCACGCAUGCCAUUCAUCGCCUCAACGGAAUUGUCACACCCGCCAGUGCCGCCUCCUCUGUGGCGGAGCUUCAACAGCAGCUUCGCUCUUCUCGCGCGAGUGCGAUUUUCACGAGCAUUCCUCUCCUCGGAACUGCCCUAGAAGCGGCAAGAGCUGUCAAGAUUCCAGAAGAGGCCAUAUUUAUCCUGCCCCUGCCCCCAAGUGAGACACGAGAAGUUCAGGUAACUGGUGUUGUACCACCAAGCAUAGAUGACCUAGUUGCUGAAGGGCGUACAUUACCCGCAGUGAAACCAUUGUCAUGGACGAAAGGCCAAGGGGCACGACAGGUUGCUUACCUCUGCUAUUCGAGUGGGACAUCCGGGCUUCCUAAAGCGGUUAAGAUAUCUCACUUCAACAUCAUCGCCAAUAUUCUCCAAAUUGCCGCAUUUGAAGGUUCAACAAGGAAGCAACGCGGGGUCAAGACGCAGGUCAAUCUUGGUGUGCUACCUCUAGGCCACAUAUACGGUCUAACAGUUAUUGCCCUUGCCAGUCAGUAUCGAGGCGAUGAGGUUAUUAUUCUUCCUCGCUUCAAUCUGGGUACAUUCCUUGACUCUGUCGAGAAGUUCAAAAUUGAAAGACUUUAUCUCGUUCCUCCCAUUAUCAUACAGAUGAUGAACAACGAGGAAGCUUGUAGGAGGAGAGACUUGACCAGUGUGCGAUCUGUGUACAGUGGAGCGGCUCCCCUAGGUGCUGAGCUGAUCCGGAGUUACCUCAAAAGGUACCCAGAAGUUGCCAUCACACAAUCAUAUGGUCUAACGGAGGCUUCCCCGAUGGUGGUAAUUACAAGCGAAGUUGAUGGCCUUGUUGGCUCCUCUGGGUCUGUGAUACCAGGUACCAAGAUCAAGCUCGUGGAUGUGAAAGGGAAGGAGGUUACAUCCCAUGAAACACGAGGAGAGUUGCUUGUACAGUCUCCUUCUGUUGUUCUUGGCUAUUUCGAGAAUGAGAAAGCAACCGCCGAAACUUUCGUUUGGGACGACGACGGCCGCUGGCUCAAAACUGGGGACGAAGUGCUGGUUCGGAAAUCAUCCCUUGGCCACGAACACCUAGUCGUUGUUGACCGUAUAAAAGAGCUCAUCAAAGUGAAGGGUCACCAGGUUGCUCCAGCUGAGCUCGAGGCUCACCUUAUGGCACAUCCCUUCGUAUCCGACUGCGCCGUGAUACCUGUCCCGCACCCCCGAGCAGACGAAGUCCCCAAAGCUUUCGUGGUCAAGUCCAAUGAAGCUCCGCUGGACGACAAAGAGACAGCCCUGACACUUUCACAGCAUGUAAAGGAGCACAAAGCCAGAUACAAGUGGCUGACCGGAGGGGUGGCGUUUCUAGACGUGAUACCGAAGAGCCCCAGUGGAAAGAUCCUAAGACGUACUUUGAAGGACCAGGAAAAGCAGCGACUCUCGAGUAUCAAAGCCAAAAUUUAG